AUGGUGAACGACAUACUUGACGCACUUUCGGGUGGCUCUUUGCCGCCCCAAUCUUCCUAUACCAUCCUUUUUUCGGCUUUGGCAGGCUUGUUCCUCGUCACAGUCUAUCAGUGGUUGAAAGCGCCUAAGAUUCCGACUAUCAAUUCCUACCCUAGAGAUUGGAUGCUUAAGAAGGCGCAUAAGGAUUUUGAGCAAAACGCAAGAGCUCUUAUCCGCGAAGGGACUGAAAAGUUCAAGGGGCCUUUCCGCAUUAUCACUGCUCUCAGUUCCACUAUUCUCGUCCCAACGGAGUGGUCGGAAUGGGUGAAGAAUUGCCAUGAUCUUGACCACUUGGAACAUACCCACCAUGAAUUUUUUGCAGGGUACCCUGGCUGGGAAGGAAUCACUGCGGCUGUCAGUGAUCCAGAUAAAAUGCUAAUCGAGGUCACGAAGGGCAAGCUUAACCAGAACCUACAGUGUAAGAUUUUCCGGGAACGGAUUACAACCGCCCUCGACGAAACCUGGAGCAAAAAGCAAGAAUGGCACAGCAUCGACUGGCACACUGACUCAAUGACCUUCAUCAGCCAGGUCUCUGCUGCCAUCUUUGUCGGCCCAGAGCUGUGCAGCGACCCGGAGUGGCAAGACAUCGCGAUCACCUACGCGACCAACAUGUUUCUCGCGACGCGAGCUCUCCGCACCUACCCCCGCUUCACAAGGACCGUAGUCAACUGGUUCCUGCCCGAGAGCAGCAAGUGCCGCGAGCAAGUGCGGCGCGGCCGCAAAAUGGUCCAAGACGUGCUGAACAAGCGCGCGGCGGAGAAAGAGGAUGCUCUUGCGCAAGGGCUAAAGCCUAAGAAGUACGAGGACACGCUCGCGUGGUUGGAGGAGCGGGCGAAUGGGAAGCCGUAUGAUGCUGUGGCUAUGCAGCUUGGCUUUGCCAUGGCUGGCCUCCACACUACCACCCAGCUGCUUAAGCAGGCGGUUUUGGAUAUUUGCGGUCAGCCGGAGCUGGUAACCCCGCUUCGCGAGGAGAUUGUGAAGGCAGUGGCUAAGAGUGGAUGGACGACUGCUGGACUGUACAAGAUGCAGCUCUUGGAUAGCGUUGUCAAGGAGACACUGAGGCUGAAGCCUGGGAUGUUGGCCAACCUGGAACGUCGGACCCUUAGGGACAUCACUCUUCCAGAUGGCACCAAAGUCUCGCGCGGCACCAAUGUGUCCGUCGACAGCUCGCGCAUGUGGGACCCAGCCGUUUACGGCGACACCGCAAAUCGCUUCGAUGGCUUCCGGUUCCUGCGUCUGCGGCAAGAGGGCUUGACAACAGCAUCCAUGGUGUCGAGUAGCCCUGAGCAGUUCACUUUUGGCAUGGGCAAGCAUAUCUGCCCUGGUCGCUUCUUCGUCCAUAACGAGGUUAAGACCAUGUUGGCGAGCAUCUUGCUCGACUAUGAUGUGCGACUGGCGGAUGGUUAUACGCCGAAGUUCGUGGAGUUUGGCUUUGAGAUUAUUGCGGAUCCGUCACCGAAGGUGGAGGUCAGGAGGCGGCAGGUAUAAGGGAUGACGGUAUUCGUCUAACAUUCUUUUCAGUUUCCUUCAUGAGAGG